CCGCACGUUCUGCCAGCCAACGACGUUCUGCCACUGAAGGCAACGCCGCACCACAUGCGCCCUGGUCCGAGGUCUUGAGUCAAGAUGCGCUUCAAGGAGUACCCAGAAAUAGUGGUGGAUGUGAUACCCAAGCUGUAUGAGGACCACAUUAAGGUAUUCAUUACACAUCUCUAUGGCAUGGAGGAGAAGGUGGAUCGACUGCCCAAGCAGUUCUGCAAGAUGUACACAACCCAGCCACUGGCCAAUCAGCUGCUCGGCUAUCUAAGCAGCCGCGGGGCCAAGAUAUCGCUGCAGGAUUUCCAUAUAGUUAAGGAAGCGGAGCCGUUCCAGCUGCGUCUCAGCGAUGGCAAGCGACUGGAGCUGAUGCUCUGCGCUGGCAAUGAGCUCGGCAACAGCCUGAUGCUGCUCAUCCGCAAGCUGCAGGGCGGCCGAUUGCUCUACUACUACUCGGCCGUGCAGCAGGAUGAUCUCUGUCGGCUGAUGGGCAAUGUCACCUAUCAGGAAUGGAUUGCUCAGGGCGUCGAUGAGCUCUAUCUGAAUCUUAAGGCUGCCGAUCAACCCUUUAAGCAUGUGGACUUCGAAGAGGUUGCCAGGAUCAUCUCCGACUGUGCAGCGUCUGCAGGUGGAACGUAUGUGCUCAAGCUGCCACUGUUCGGCUAUGAGUAUCUGCUCACACGUCUAGCUCGAACCCUCACGCUCUAUGGCCACAUCAAGCUGAUGAGCUCAUAUUUGCACAGCUAUUGCUGCUUGGGCGCAGAUCUCGGGCACUUCGAGCAGGAUGGCUAUGCCGUAACUGUUCAAAUUGAGGCCUCCAACAGCUGGCCAUUGCCACUGAACGAGCUGCUGUGGUCGCCCAUGCCGAAUCGGAUGAAUCUCAUGCAGCUGUGCAGCCUGCUGCGACCGGUCUACAUUAAUGGCAUUGUGGACUUUCAUGCUACAGGCAAUGUGCCGGCCGUGCCGCAGUAUCUGAAACGCUUUCGCACGCGGUACUCGCCAAAGGCGAGCGCAGCGCCAGCUGCAGAUCACUCGAAUGUGCCCGAAACUCAACUCAUACAAUGGCCCAGUGCAGAGAACAUAGCUGAGACCCAAACUCAACAGGAAAACACAGCAGCGCGCAAGGAUUCGCAUAAAAUCAUAAAGCAAAGAAAACUGCAAUUUGUAGACUUUGAUGAAGAUGACGAUUAGACUAGACAGAAGCAAGAAAA